UCAGCUCCUUGUCUCCGCCCCGCCCCUUUGGUCCUGCCCCCCUCGGCGUUCUCCAUUGGUCGGUUUGAAGGAGGCGGUGGCCAAUGGGCAUGGGCGGCGGUUGCGGCCGCGGUGGGAGGUUGAGAACAUGGCGGCGGCUGCGCAAGAAGAACGGAGAAGACAGCUCCAGGAGUACCUGGAGGCCAAAAGGAAGCUGAAAUGCCCCAGUACCAAGCCCUAUUUAAAGGACCGGACUAAUCACCUGGAUCCACUCUCAAAAGCAGUUUCUAAACCAGAACAUCUUGACAGGAACAAGAAGGACACUGUCCAAAACGUAGUGAAGGGCACCUGGAAGGAUGGCAAGCUUGCUGCCAAACCUACACAGCCAGCUGGGCACGCUGCACUGCAGAAGUCUUCACAUGCAUCUCAGAGAGUAGCAGUGGUACGGCCACAGCAGCUGAGGAAGGGCACAGAGCUGCCUGUGGGGCUCGUACCAAGCACGGGCCCCUCUGUGCAGCCCAGAGGGAGGCUCCCAGUUUCUGCCUCUUGUUUCCCAAACCCUGGAGGGCUGGAGGAGACUGGAAGUAGCCAGCCUCUGCCCAGGGCACCUUGCUCCCUAAAUGACGGCCUGCAGGAACGGCUUGGCUGCGGCAAAGAGAACUUGCCAGCACAAGCAACUACAAACCUUAUGCCCAGCAACACUUUUCAAUCUAAGGGAAACAGUCUUGGGAACAAGAGGGCCUUGGCUCAUGGGCAGAGCUCAGGCACUGUGUCAAGGACGGUGAAGGGCCCAAAGGACAGAAUCAAUAGCCGCCAGACUAAGGAAGUGCUGAUUCAGGACAAAUUCAGGAAACCCCUGCCAGACUUAAAGAGCACAUCCCAAAAACCAACUGACACAACUUGGCCAUUGCAACCCCCUCAGUUACUUGCUGGUUCUACGUGUUUGCUACAUAAGAAGCCAGUUGUAAAACAUGAAAAAACCAAUACAGCAAGGGAACCCAUAGGAAAGCUUGGCAUGUCUCUGGUGGGAACUCUUAAGCACUCCAGUAGAGCUCCUGCAAAGCCCCCAGCCUCCGGCCAGUCCCAGGGCACCACAAACGGGCCCAUUAGGAAACUUGGCCUGAAGUUGGGUACUGCAGUGCAGUGGCAAAGACCCCCAGUUAGAGGGGGGACAGUCAGGAAGGAUGUGAAUACAGCACCUUCUGGGGACACAGCAAGAUCCCGAGCGGGAGUCCCCAAAAAACAGUCUCAUCCCAGCACCUACAGCUCCAGAACUCAAGCAAAUCAGGGCGAAUUUGGGAACAGGAGGGGGAUGCGUAAACCGGAGCUGCCGCAGACGCAUGGAGUGCAUGCUGGGCGUGUUCCCAAGAGCCCAACACCAGAGGAUCGUAAGAGGCAGCUGGAGCAGUGGCUGGCCUCCAAAGGCAAGUGCUACAAACGGCCACCUAUGACACUGCCUCCAAAAAAGCCAGUGAAACAGAAGGAGAAGCCACCCCUCAGGAGCACUGUGCAGGAGGUACAAAAGCCAGAAAAGCCGGAGCAGCUCCAUGUGGACAGGAUCAAUGCCCUGCUGACCGAGUGCUUGAAGCUCAUUGAGGAGGGUGUCCCAUCGGAAGCGCUCUCUGCAAUACUGUGCCAUGAGUCCAGUGCAGAGAAAUGUGCCAAGUUCUGGAUCUGCAAAGCCAAGCUGCUUGCCCGCAAUGGCCCUUUCGACGUGACGGGGCUGUACAAAGCGGCAGUCUGCGCUGGUGCUGAGCCACUCCAGGAGCUCAGAGAAGUUGUCCUUGAUAUUUUGAAGACUGCAGAACAACCAUCAGAAGGGGAAAAGCCUGAGCAGUACCUUCUGUGGGAGCCCACAACACCUUGGCCAGGUGAGAGGCAGCACAUGGCUGUGACUCCUUGUCAAACAGAGAGCGCCCUGAGCAGCCUACCUGUCUCUUCCAUCAAGCUACAAGUGACGUCUGUGCCCAGAGCGAGGGAGCUGCCAGAAGGCCAAGAGGUGAAAUUCCUGACGCCAGUGCGGCGCUCGCUGCGCAUAGAGAGGGCUGGGAGCCACUAUCCGGGGAUGCUGAGGGACCAUGACCCCGUGGUGUCAUCCCUCAGUGAAAUCCUGGAUGAUGAGGAGGAGACUCAGUUCUUUUUCCGGAAAAACAAGGCUUUGCCAGAGGUGGCAGAGAUGGAGGUUUUGAGUCUGUAGCCCCAAAUGUUGCUGAGGGAUUCCCUGAGGGCUGCUGGCUCACCCAUGCUGCCCUGCACUUACUUCUCUUGUUGCCUCUCAGAUGUAACAAUGUAGGGGUGGCACGUAAUCAGCCUUUUCCACGUUUUUUAAUUAUUUAAAACCUUACACAAGAGAUGCAGUGUGACCCGGUGGAGUGGUGAGCAAGGUCUGGGAUGGGAGACAUAGGCUCCCUGUUCUUGGGUUGGCCCUUGGCACCUCCACCCUGAAGCACGCCCUGGUUUUUGUGCUGGCAGAUGGUUCUGGUCUCUGCAAUGCAAUGGGCACCUCGCAGGGUUUUGGAAGUGAUGUCCCAAGGGUUUGCUCCUGAAGAAGGUGCGCACAGCCCGUCUGGCACAUCACACGUGGCAGCACCAGCAGUGCCACUCUCCUGCCUCCUGCCACCAGGAGAGCUGUGCUCAGCCUCUAAGCCAGCAGCGCCGUGAGGCUAUGGGCAGCGGGCUGGGGUGCGUGCAUGCCCCAAUUUCCUCUCUGUAAGAGGAGCACAAUGGUUCUGCUGCUAAGCACAAAGCAGAGCCAUGUCUUCAUCUUCCUGCCCCCAGCAAACAGCAGUCCUGUUGCACCCACCGCUCCUCCCCACCCAGCUGUACGAGCAGGGCUCGGUCUCUUUACUGAGGAACCGUAAGCUGGCUGAGGCACUGCAGGAGCAGCAGAACCAGCAGUGCAGAGCUGUCCCAGGGCUUGCAUGCAGCCACAGCACUUGUCCCAGCUGCUGGCCUAGGCCUGGGGAAUUGCCCUUUGCUCCAAUUUUCCCCAGUCUUGGGGCAAAUGAAUUUUCCUUUGGGGAAAAAAAAAAUUUAUGUCUCUUCUACUACUCUGUGACUCCAAUAAAACUUUGUCAGAAGUUA